GUGAGUAUGACAGGCUGUGUGGUGUCUUUCCCCGGCAGGGAGCUCAUUACCUGAAGACCGAAACAUGGAGGCUGAACACCUGUAAUGUCCGAGAGCCGGAGUCGGGACUGAACCAUGAAACUCGCCACUGUGACUUUCUACGGGUUCGCCUUGGGGCUUCUGGCGGUUGGCCUGCGAGAGCUGCUGACUGGCUUCGAGGAGAACAGAUGCAGUAUGACCUACAUGUUUGAAUACCCGGAGUACAGGCGCGUGGCUCUGCCUCGUCGCGUGGCCAGACUGUACCCAGCCUAUGGGCUCUACCUGUAUGGAGAGGGUCUGUACGCCCAGGAGACCCGAGCACUAAAACUCACCGGUGCCCCUGUGCUCUUCUUGCCUGGAAAUGCUGGCAGUUAUAAACAAGCUCGCUCCCUGGGCUCGGUGGCACUGAGGAAGGCUGAAAACAUGGAGGGAGGUCUCCACUUCAACGUGUUCACCGUGGACUUCAAUGAGGAGCUGGUGGCACUUUACGGUGGCAGUUUGUUGCGGCAGACACAUUUCCUGCACGAGAGCAUUAAAGCCAUCCUGAGGCUGUACAAGCAUCUGAAGACCCCUCCCAAGAGUGUGGUGCUUGUGGGCCACUCCAUGGGAGGAGUGGUGGCCCGGGCGUUGUUCACUUUGCCCCGCUUCAACACCAAUCUGGUCAGCCUCAUCAUCACCCAGGCGUCUCCUCACCUGGCUCCGGUGCUGGCCCUGGACCCAUACCUGCUGGAUUUCUACUCUGCUGUGAGACAGAAGUGGGUGAACCAGGCGAACAAACUCAGGAACAUCACUGUCCUGUCUGUUGGGGGUGGUUACCGUGACUACCAGGUCCGCUCUGGUCUAACAGCACUACCUUGUCCCUCAGGAGACCCCAAUAAGUUGUCACUGGUGGCAACUGCAGUUCCUAGGACAUGGGUGUCCACUGACCACCUCUCCAUAGUUUGGUGCAAAGAGCUCGUUCUUGCCACUGUCAGGGCGUUCUUCGACCUCAUCGAUUCUGAGACCAGACAGUUCACAGAAAACCCUGAGAAGAAAAUGGCUGUGCUAAACCAUCACUUCAUCAGACAUCCUGUCAGGAUGCUGGGAGAAACGCAAGACACCUCCAUCUCCAUCUUAGAUUCUCCUGAAGUGUGGACUGAAGUGAACACACUGCGUCUGGCAUACAGCACACCAAAGGAAGGACAGGUCAAAUAUUUCCUGUUUGCUCUGUCGAGUCGCAGGAAGGCCUACAGCCAUUUUUACUGCCGGAGCAACAAUCUGGAGAUGACAAGCUGGGUGUAUAGCUGCGUGCACAAGACCGGUUCUUCAUGUGUGCGUGCUGUAGAUUUGUCUAUGGGAACUGAGCUUCUACCACCAUACAAGGUCCUGAUAUUGAGACUCAGUGACUUGUCUUCAGUUACUCAUAUAGUUGUUUCAGCUUCCAACCUCAAUGGCAGACAGUUUACGGUGGAGUGCGAGUGGCAGAGACAAGAAUCUCAGACUCUCUCUGUUCCAGUACCACAUGUCCUGUCCUUCGGUUUGACUGUCAGCGAUGUUACGAUCAACUCCUCUGGACUUCUUCACACCAUCGAGCUGCAACACUUUCACCAGGUCUAUCAGGCUUUCAGAAUCAACAUUGCAAGCCAGUGCAAAGUACACAAAGAUCGAAUGUCCAAUGUGUACAGGGUCAUGGUACCAUGGUUUCGAGAGGACUCUUUAACCACAGUGAGUGUGCCCUCAGUUACCGAGAUCUCAGGGAUGCUCCAUACAAGUCGUCCAGACAACGCCUCAGGUGUCCUCCUUCAGCUCCACACUGCCCCCAACUGCCAGUAUAAGGUGUCAAUAAGGACUUCAUUACCCAGGGUGCUGGGACAGAUACUGAGGUUCUGUGGUCCCAUGGUGCCAGUGUACACAGCUGUAACUCUCCUCCUGGCCUGUGGGGGGCAGCUGUCCUCCAUCCUGAAGUCAAGGCGAGCUGCAGGCAUGAGCCAGGUGGUGGGUAAAGGCCUGCAACCUCAUAAAGUCAACCUGCCCCUUUAUAUUCUGCACAUCUUGCUUAGCUGUACCUGGUUCCAAGAGGUGUGGUCCAUUCUGUGCCUCCCCCCUAUGGAUGCCCUCCCCCCUACCUUCCCUGAUGUAACGUUUCAUGAAGGCGUGGUACCAGUUGAAGAAUGGCCCCACCUCCUCUCCCCUCUGCUUUACAUUUUGGGAGCAGCUGUGGCAUACUGGGGGAGCACAGUGCUCUGUCUGAUUAUACGACUGAUCUCAUUAAUAUUAGCUCCACUACACAGACCAUCUGUCUCUAGAGAUUGUGGCACCCUGCGCCUUCGGACCCAGCUCGUCAUCACUCUCUGUCUGACUGUUAUGGGCGGGACGUCCUGUGGAGCGCUGUCAGUCUUUGUCGCUUUUCUGCUCCACCUUUAUAGGGUACUGAGGCUACAGAUGACAGAGAGGUCUUUGCGUCACAUGCUGAAUCUGGCGCCCCGGAAGCACAAAGAAGCUGAGAAUGGCACAGUUGAUGCUGAGUGCCUGAACAAGUCUAAAGAAUGUAAUGGCACCCCCCUACUGUCUGAGUGUGCUCUGCAGGAGGUGAGGGAUGACCUACAGCUCCACCUCUGCCUAUCAGCACUCCUCACCCUACCUGUCAUGCUCAGUGCUCCCUCACUCAUCCACUGGAUCCGUAACCUAAGAUAUUCCACUCAGUUGGAUCCUGACCCUUGUUGGCCACAUAUUGUGCCUCUAAUUAUUGUGUACAUGCUGCUUAUUAACUGUAACACCUUAAAGCUCUGCAACAGUAAACUCCUGCCUCUGACUUCUUGCCUCCCUCUGCCCUUGGCCAUCACCAUGGUGAUCUUCUCUCCACUUCACCUCUACAGAGUCACCUACUUCCUGUUGGCGACACUCGUCCCUCUGGCCUUGUGUUGUCUGCUCUGACGGUACCUGGCUGCUUUCAGUCUUCAUCUCUACCAUAACAAGCCUUUCUCUAAGUUACAGCCUGACUCGCUGAAGCUGGUUGGGACUGAUUUGUCCCAAAAAGACUUGAUGUGUCAAACUUCCAUGGAGCAGAGCCAUAGACAUACAUAGCUUGGGGAACUGCCUGCUCAAUGUUAGCACUAAAAGUUCCAUGGCAAUUACACUAUAUUUUAAAAUGAGAGGAUGUAAAGGCCUUGGAACAUUUGGUGCAAAUAUGGCUCUGUUGGAUUGUCCUGAAACCAAGUUUGCCUUACUCUGUAUAUCUAUAGCUCUGCCUUCAAGGAGCAAGAACUCCACAACCAGUGAAGCUACUGAUAUUAGAGAUUCUCAACAGGGUGUUACUGUUAAAAUGUGUUAGUUUUAUUUUUGUUGUUUUCAGUGUCUGUAGUGAUAUUGCUCACUGUGGGUCACUAUGCUGUAACCUCUCACACUGCCUACUGCUUAGCAAUGACUUACAGUUGUGUGUAACUGUUACCUAUUGACUGUCGGAGCACUGCCACAAAAUCAGUGGCAGUGUCAUACAUUCAUUCCAUGAGAAAAAUCCAAAGUAAUCAUGUUUACAUUCUCCCUUAAUCAUUUGGUGAUGCACAACUUUGACAAUGGCAGCAAAGUGAAGGUUUUCAUUGGAAAAGGCUUGAGCACAUGUUCAGGUUCCUCACAUUAUUCAGAAGAACAUUGGGAUCUAGUCCAUGUUCUCUACAAGACGCAGGUGUAGCUGAUUUUCAUAAAAGUGGUCGGACUGAGAGCGGUAUUCAUUUUAGGGAGGCACAUACAUCUGUUUCUUAUCUUAGUUGUAGUUUAUCAUAGCCACUCACACUUUCACUAUAGGCAACAGUGACUGUUAAAUGGCCAUGGGCUUAUCUAAAAGAAGCACCAAAUAGCCUCAUGGGCAGAAAUAAUAGUGACACAUUUUCCUAUAUGAAAGGAAAGAGCCAAGAACUCAAAUGAUGAUGUGCAGCUUUGUGUCUCCACUUUAACUAAUCAAAACUAGUCCAUGUCAGCCCUCCAUGUCUAUCUGUUCUCUUGAUAAAGUCAAAAUAACCUUCAUCACUAAUUUCCUUAGUCCGAUUACACAGUCAUGCCAUACUCUGUCAGUGGGUUUCUCUUUUUAACAGAGAAACUGUUCUCACUCUUCACUUUGAUUUUUACUAAUUUGCUGUUCUGAUACAACUACUGUCAAUAAAACUUAGUUUCUAUCUUGUUUCUACUAAACAAGUAGAACUUUGCUGUUUUGUCAAGCAAAGUUAAGCUCAGCCUUGGUUGAGAAAACAGCAAAGAAGAAACAAAUGUGUCAAUGAAAAUAGUAUAUCUGAUUUUACAAAAAGAAACUUGGCAGUACUGACAGUUAAUGCUGCUGAAGUGUAAAUUAUGCUGAAAUGACCAUACAAGCACUGCUAAAAACCGAGCCCUGUGAUGCUGUGGCUGUGCAGCAGUAGUUUGGCACCUGUGACCUGAGAGUGGUGCCGAAUGGUGCAGGCCUUUACUCCAUCACUGCUUCAGUGUCAUCCAACACUACCUGCAUCAGUAAUUGAUAUUAGCAGAUCCAGUCACUGCUGUAAAUCUGCCAGAUCCCUGCCAGCCGCUGAAUUGCCAGAUAAAAACAGUCACCUCUGAACAGGGUCGAGCUAACAAACACUUUUAACCUACAGCGACUUUCUAAAACAAGCUAACUGGAUGCUGCUUUUUUUUGUCUGGCAGGUCACUGCUCAUUCAGUCAGCAGCCAGUAAAAGUAGUCGCACAAAAACAAGCAGCUGGCAGAAGCUGUCGUUUCUAACCUAUAAUCUAAUUCACCUCAUGUGGCUGUGUAAUAUACAGUAUGAACAAGCUCCUCUGGAAGACCUUUAAUUUACUGGACUCAUGUUGUCAACCAGUAUCCAGGCAUCAUGCAUAUACUUCUGCACAUUACAUGUACUUGAGUGAUGUAGAUACACUGCAUACAAUGUUGAUAACGCUUAGGAGUUAUUGCCUUAUAUUUCUCUGGGUCACAGUGGAUGCAGUUAAUCUGAUUAAAAGAAAACCAAAUUUCUACAGUUUGAUCUGAAUUACAUAUAAGAUAUAAAAAGAGAUUUUUGUAGUUGUUUUUAUUUUGACAUUAAAGUAUUAAAUAAAGUAAAUAGACAUCUUUUGAUCAGUGUAGGAAAUUAUAUAUGUGUCCAAGAGGAGUUAAUGUUAUAAAACAAUACAGCAUGAAGACGUUUGAUGCAGAAACCUCCAUGUCACAAGCCUGCUCCAGUCUGCCUUUGUGUGCCAAAUCAGUAGUUAUACACGUGUUGACAGGUUAGAUGCGAUUACACUAAAAGGUAAUGAGGUGACUGUGAGAUAAUUUUGCUAAAUAGACUACUUAGCAUAUGGGAACGCAACAAAUCAUAAAUAUCCAUAGAGUUUUUAUUUUAUGGACAGUCACACAAAGCUGGUGUCUUAGUGUCAUGGUGACUGUCAUUACUUGUGGUUGUUGGUAUUUUUAUACACUGCAGUAGAAGGUGUUUGUUGUUCUUGGUGAAGCUUUGGCCUAGCAAAGUUUAAAAAGCAGACUACUUAUUUUCUCUAAGCCUUGGAUUUCUAUUUUGUUGAAGGUUAAGGGAUGUCUGUUCAGUAUUGCACCUGAUUCACAUGUAUAACGUGAUUCAAGCUUCAAAUAACAACUUCAGGCUUUUAAAGGAACAGGAAAGGUUUUAGAUUUCAUAACAAACAGUGUUUGGGGUUGAUAAUGGAACUGGCUUCUGUUUUACACUUAGGAUUUAUUAAGGUGUGGUUCACCAUCCUAAUACCAGGUGUACAGGUGAAUAUUUAUGUUUUUUCAGAUCUGUGUAAUCUGAAACUGUUGCUCUGUGUCCAACCACACAGAGCAGAAGAGCAGGUCUUGAAGUUUGAACAAGAAAAAACUUGUGACCAUUUGAAUUUUUUUUUUUUGAUGCAUAAGAACACAUGGAUUUCUUGCAGUGCCAGGUUUAACCUUUUAAAAGCAACUUAGAAGAUAAAGCUGGAGUUGUUCUAUAUUUUCAUAACCCAUGAAAAGACCAAAAUGAACAAAGUAUAUGUCCGUCUCUCAAUACUUUAAAACUUCCCUACCCUGUUUCUGGCUCUCAGCCCCAAACCAACUGGGUUUUACUGAGGCUGUAAAUCUUUAAUAACUGUUCACAGAUAUACAGCAUCAUUUUUUUUUUGGAGUGGCUCAGUAAUUUCUUAAAACAGGUGGGAAUUGUAGAUUGUGGUGGAGCGUGUUGUGUGCUGUGAGCAUGGUGUGUUGUUAUGUCAUAUAGGCCUAACUUUUUCUUUUUUGUGCUUUUUGAAUUAAGUUUUUGUUGCCAAUGACUUUCAAGCCGGUUGCACUCAGAAUGAUGCUCCUUUGCCAAUACAGUUUAUCAGUUUCAUAAAGCUGUGGUUUAUUGGAUAAUUGCAACAAAAAAAAACAACAACAAAGGUUUAGUGAUUUAUAAAUAGGUGUUCUAAAAUCUCACCAAGAUUUUUACCAUGCCAGCAGUCAGCAGAGGAAUU